AUGGAAUUAUUCAAGAUUUACUUCAGCUUGUUAGCCCUGCAAGUUUCAAUGAUAGUUUAUGCAGAUGACUUCGCUACUGCUCGUCAGAAGAUCAAUCAGGCAAAACCGAACAUCAGUUACGACACCUUCUGUCUGGAAAAGAAAUCUGGAGAGGACAAAGUUGCUUGCCGCAUCAAAGAUGUUCCAACAAUUGGUUUUUUGGUUUGCAAAACGCCUAAAGUUGAAGAAGUGAAUUGCAGCGUAGUUAUCAAAACUGAGGUCGAAAACAUUAAAACAGUCAGUUCGGCCAACAUCAAAACGGUGACGAUUUCUACACCCCCUAUAGAUGGUGUGAAGUGCGGUGAAGAUCAGAGUUUAACCUGCAGCGGCUUUCUGGAGGAAUGGAUAACAUCCGAGACUGGACGAUUCAAGCAGGUUAGAGAUCACAUUGACAAUAACACAGUCGCAAACUUAAUUAAUGAUGUGAAAAAUUUUACUACUACAACCGGGUUGUCAGCCACAGCUGCAGACCUAAAAAAAAUCAAGAAUUAUAUGAUGAUCGACCCGAAUAAGAAUAAAUACCGCCAGAUCUGCGAUCUUCAGGGUUUUUUCCUGAUAAAAGGAGGUUUUCUAGUAGCUGAUGUUCCUGCUAUAGAAAAUGUAUCUAUCAGUGACCCCUGCUGGCCCGGCGAACCUACCACACAGAAAGUUCUCGACGCUCUGAAUGAAAUGAUCUCCGAGUUCAGUCCCAGCUUAGCUCCAAGCAAUGGAAGUAUUAGCCGUUCAGGCCUCAAUUUUAACGCGUAUCUUCUUUUUGGCAGCCACUUUGUUACAGUAAUUGUUGCUAGUUAUGUUUUAACAUAA